AUGGCCUCCUCCUCCUCAAAGCUAAAACCUUUCAUCAACAAUCUCCGUCGCUACCAGAACCGAUCUCUAUCUUCUUCAAACCAAUCAAACUACAGAAAACAAAUCCUACUCGCAAACCUCCUCCAACGCUACGGCUUCCCUCCCUCUUCUCUCCAACACUUCCUCUCAAAAAACCUUUUCCUCUCAAACUCAGAUCUCUCCGAAACAGAAGCUUCUCUCUCCAUCUUACUCUCCUUGAAACUCCCUCAGAAACAACUCGUCUCCUUAAUCCAAGACUCCCCUAACAUCCUCCGCCCAAACUUCUUGAGAAAAUGGAGAGAUCCUCUCUCUGAGAGGAGCGUCUCGUCUUCAGCCAUCAAGAGCGUCCUCGAACACUCGAGUAGAUUCGGGAUAGGCCUAGAUAAGUUUCACGAAUGCGUUAACGUGUUGAGAGGUUUAGGGUUUUGUGAUAGUACUGUUAGUAAAGUUAUUGAAGCCUUCCCUAACGUUCUUGUAGUGAAAGAGAUUGAUAUUCGUAGAAAGGUUGAGUUUUUAGUUGGUAUCGACAUUCAUGAGAUUGAGAGGUUCUUUUACGUUUUCCCGGAGAUCUUAGGGUUUAGUGUUGAGUCUAGGCUUAAGCCGUUGCUUGAUGAGUUUAUAAAGAUUGGGUUUAGUAGAGAUGAGAUCAAGAAAGAGAUUGUUAGAGAGCCGAGAGUUCUUGGUUUGGAGUUAGGUGAGCUUCCACGGUGUUUGGAGUUGAUAAAGUCGUUAAAAUGCCGUGAAGUGAUUAGAGAUGAGAUUCUUGAGGAGGGAAUGUUCCGUGGUGGGUUUGAAGUGAAGCUUAGAGUUGAUUGUUUGUGUAAACACGGGUUGAUUCGGAGAGAUGCGUUUAAAGUUGUGUGGAAAGAGCCGAGGGUGGUUUUGUAUGAGGUUGAUGAGGUUGAGAAGAAGAUUGAGUUUUUGAGUAAUAGGAUGGGGUUUAAUGUUAACUGUUUAGUAGAUGUGCCUGAGUAUCUUGGGGUGAAUUUUCAGAAGCAGAUUGUGCCGAGGUAUAAUGUGGUUGAGUAUUUGAGGCUUAGAGGUGGGCUUGGGUGUGAUAUUGGGUUGAAAGGUUUGAUUAAACCAAGUAUGAAGAGAUUCUAUAACUUGUAUGUGAAACCAUAUCCAGAGUGUGAAAGAAUCUUUGGGAAGAGAAGGGAGGAUGCAGGGGUGAAGAAACGACAUCCUGUUGGGCUUUGGAAGCUUAUGAAGCCGCCUAGUCAUGUAACAACUAAAGAAGAUGUUGUGAACAUGAAGUCUUUUGUAGAGUCACUUGCUUAGUUAGAUGGAUUCUCACUCCCUGACUUGAUUAACUACAAGCUACUCAGAGUCGGAUAUGUGUUUUCUGGAAACUCUCAUGAGCUUUUGAAUCUGAUUUCAUUUCCCUUUGAGUUAAUGGCUUGAUUAUUCAGAGGACAAUGCAUCUUCCUUAAGUAAAAAAACACGCUUUGUAGUCACUGUCUUUUGUUUCACUGUCUAUGCCUGAAGGAUUUGCUGAUCAAAUGUAAAGACUUUGGUUCUAAAUCAGCUCGAGCUUGUUCCAACCUUUAACUACCAAGUAGAAUUAUUUCGUG